CUCAUCUCAAGCUUGCUAGAAUGCUUCUCAAGACAAUUUGAAAGCUGUUACUGCAACACGAUGGCAAGAUAACAAGAUCCCUCAAACGCUUGUCAAUGGACAGUGCGAGGCGUGUCUGCAGCUUGGGCCGUGGGGACUGAGAGAGGUAGGACGUACCGACCCGCGCUCCGUGCGUCUCCUCACCACUCCCAUUUACCGGCGGCUGAACUGCAGCGCGGCGGGUGCGAGGAGAAGCGCUACCUCCUCUUUGACAGUUCGUCAUUUAUUAUAUACGCACAAGGGGGAGAGCCUGACAUUUGCGUCGCGGGAAGCACAUUUCUCUCGUCGGAGUGGCUUUCACCACACUGGGCGGAAUAAUGCUUUAGCAGACGGGAUAUUACUUGGGAUGAUGUUUGGAUACACUGGAGUGGAGGCGCGGACUUCAGAUCGUUGCGUGGAUUAGAUGAUACCGCAUACCCAACGACUUUGAUUCAUCUGGGACGAAAAAAACUCGGUGUCUGUGGUCUGGAUGCAUGGAUGCGAUGAUCUCCUUUUAGCCGUCAACUCAUCAGAGUGUUCGUGCGAGCGCGCAGAAUAGUAUAGGAUUCAUCGGACUCCGACCGGACCUGUCUUACAAGCAAAGUUAAACACAUCUUUUGUGAGAUCCUGAGAGCAAAAACAAGACAGAUUGGUGUAUCAAAGCGAACGAGUCAAUGACUGCUGUGGAGCUCUUGUAUCUGGCCCAAUAGUGUGGAGUCAUCACGCUCUGGGCUCUGAAAAGAGGAAAGAAUGGACGGACGGAGGGACGUCAGAAUGGGGAUUCAACCUUUUGGAAGGAUUGCACCCAUGGAGAGGCUGCUUCUAUGCCUAGCUCUGUUCAUCUUGCCGUCCUGUGCUAUGCAGUGCCCCAAGCGCUGUACCUGCCAGAACCUGUCGCCCUCCUACACCGUGCUGUGUGCCAAAACCGGCCUGCUUUUUGUGCCAUCUAAUAUCGACCGGCAGACCGCCGAGCUGAGACUGAUGGAUAACUUCAUCACCACCCUGCGCCACAAAGACUUCGCUAACAUGAGCAGUCUCAUACACCUCACGCUUUCCCGGAACACCAUCAGUCAGAUCAGACCUUACGCCUUCGCCGACUUGCAGGAUCUGCACGCGUUGCAUCUGGAUGGCAACCGGUUGACGGUUCUUGACGACACUCACUUGCAGGGGCUUGUUAAUCUACGGCACCUCAUACUCGCCAGCAACCAACUUCACAGCAUCUCCGAGGGAGCCUUUCAGGAUUUCUUAGAGACUCUAGAAGAUCUGGAUCUGUCUUAUAACAAUCUGGCGGAUUUACCGUGGGACACUAUAGCUAUGCUAGUCAGCGUCAACACAUUGAGUUUGGACCACAAUCUCAUUGAGUAUGUGCCUGAAGGGAUAUUUUCUAAUCUACACAAACUGGCCAGACUGGAUAUGACAUCCAACAAGCUAAAGAAGAUCCCCCCAGACCCCCUCUUCCUACGCAUCCCCGUGUACGCUAAACUGAAAGGCUCGCCAUUGACGGCGCUGGUGCUCAGCUUUGGUGGGAACCCGCUGCAUUGCAACUGUGAGCUGGUUUGGCUGCGCCGCGUCACUCGGGAGGACGACCUGGAGACUUGCGCCUCCCCGCGAGAGCUCGCCGGGAAGUACUUCUGGACCAUUCGGGAGGAGGAGUUUGUGUGCGAGCCACCUAUGAUCACCCGUCACACCUCCAAGAUGUUCGUAAUGGAAGGUCAAGAGGUCAGCCUGCGGUGUCGGUCCGUCGGAGAUCCAGAGCCGACCGUUCAUUGGGUCAGUCCUGAAGGGAAGCUGAUUGGCAACACCUCGCGCACUAUGUGCUACGAAAACGGAUCUCUCGAUAUCUUAACAGCCACGGUGAAAGAUUCAGGUGUGUUCACCUGUAUUGCCUCCAAUGCGGCGGGUGAGGCCACUGCUCCAGUGGAAUUAGUUGUAAACCCCUCACCGCAUUACGAUCCCAAAUUGGAUCCCGAACCGGGACCCUCGGACAUGCCUACUUCCAUAAAGUCCAACAGUAGUGGGGGGCAAGCCCGCGCUGAUCAAAGGGUCAGCGUCUCAGAAGUAACCUCAAACUCAGUGAUGAUACGCUGGCCUGCGCAAAAUCACAUCCCAGGAGUGCGGAUGUACCAGAUACAGUACAACAGCUCCACUGAUGACAUUCUCAUAUACAGAAUGAUUCCUGCAUCCCACAAGGUGUUCUUACUGAGUGAUCUGGCCUCGUCGCGGGACUAUGAGCUAUGUGUCUUGGCCGUCUACGACGAUGGCAUCACGGCUCUCACUGCUACACGAUUGGUCGGUUGCGUUUCCUUCUCUACGGAGCGUGAGUUCGGCCGGUGCCGCUCAAUCCACGACCAGUUCCUGGGUGGCACCAUGAUAAUUGUAAUUGGUGGAAUCAUAGUGGCGUCUGUCCUUGUAUUUAUUUUCAUCCUGUUGAUGAAAUACAAACUGCACAGCCAGCACUACAAGCAGAAGGCUGCCCGUGUCAGUAAUGUUUGUUCUCAGACCAACGGUGGCCAGCAGGGGGCAGCGCCGGGCCCUCCGCCCAGAUCGUCUUCGACCUCUGGCUCUUCCAGCAAGCCCACAGCCCCUCUUGGGUCAGAGAGGCAAGAAGGGUCCCACGGCUUAGAGGGAGGUUACGGAGCACUGAGGGGAACGACAGUGGUGGACUUGAACCCUGAAUACGGAAAAUCAGUAAAAGAAGAAGACUCCAUAUCGCAAUAACACAGGGACAAACCCCACCUCCCCUCCCAUCUUCACACCUCCACCCAUUCUGUUUUUUUAUUUUCUGUUGCUGGGGUCCUGCUGAAUUACUGAGGAUUAUCUCCUGUCCAAGGCAAACUUCAUCAGUCUGGAAGAUACACGCAGAAAGCCAGAUUAAGCGGGAUUAAAGCCAAUCUAUUAGAGGGAAAAUAUGUGGGUGGAAGGCAAAUAACAGCAACUCUGUGUUCAUUUCCUUAUGCAAGACUCUCCCCACACCUUGGAUAUAAUGUGCCUCUUUGGAGCAUAUGAGCAAGUUGUUUUUUCCUCCCAAGAGGAAGGAAUCAUCAAAACCCUUUUAUGGAAACAACCAACACAUCCGUCUGGAAGUAAGUUGUCGUUGUUUUUUCUAAACAAGAAAAGUAUUAUGAUAAACUAUCAGUGUUUGACGGAAGAUGAAGUUCAGAUCUCACAAAUGGUCCAGUGCCAAAGGAUUGACAUAUCUGGAUUUAAUGUUCUCUGAAGGUUUGUGUGGACGCAGACUCAUCAAAGUUCAAUAAAAUAUUGGCGUGUCGGUAUCGAGUUAACAUUUGUGGACCUUCAGGAGCACUUUAUAAUGGAUUGGUCUGUGUUGUGUAAGCUAAUGACUCUGGCGCCCCUCGCUUUAUUUGGAACCUGAACACACGGAUCGAUAUUCAGCUGAUUAACAAACAUGGGGAGUGUGUUCUUGAAAUCUGGAGAUUAGGUCAAACAGGGGAGGCACCACCAGAACAUUGAUCAACACACUGCACAAAAACUUUCAGAAUCUCUUGUGUCAACGACGAUUUACGGUAAGGUGGUUUUGAGAACUCGUGCUUCUGAAAGCAGACUGUAUGAAAGCAGUGUAGGCAGUAAAAAUAUGCUGUAGGCCAUCCGGUCUGCUGAAAUAAAUACUGUUCUUAUUUUCCUCAGAUUGACUGUAUACGUAUUUGUAUGUGAAGUACACCUUCAGCCAUCUCUGAUUUUAAUCAUUUGAUUUUGAAGAGAAAAUAAUAAAAAUAUGAGAUGGAAUUUUAUGCUUUCAUAGGUACUCUAUGUGGAUUUAUAAAGAAAUAAAAUAUUUUUCUUCAAGA